AGUGCCCAGUCCGGGCGGUGGUGCUCGCGCGAGGAGACUGGCCUCACGGCACUUGACAUGGCGGCAGCGGCGGCGACUGCAGCGACGAAGGGGAAUGGGGGCGGCGGGGGCCGGGCUGGAGCCGGCGAAGCUAGCGGCUCGCGGAAGAAGAAGGGUCCGGGGCCUCUGGCCACGGCAUACCUGGUUAUCUACAAUGUGGUGAUGACCGCGGGGUGGCUCGUUAUAGCCGUUGGUCUGGUCAGAGCAUACCUGGCUAAGGGUAGCUAUCAUAGCCUUUAUUAUUCCAUUGAAAAGCCUUUGAAAUUCUUCCAAACUGGAGCCUUAUUGGAGAUUUUACAUUGUGCAAUAGGAAUUGUUCCGUCUUCUGUUGUCCUGACUUCUUUCCAGGUGAUGUCAAGAGUUUUUAUGUUAUGGGCAGUAACACACAGCGUCAAAGAGGUACAGAGUGAAGACAGCGUCCUGCUGUUUGUCAUUGCCUGGACAGUCACAGAAAUUAUCCGUUACUCCUUUUAUACGUUCAGUCUGUUAAACCAUCUGCCUUACCUCAUCAAAUGGGCCAGGUACACCCUUUUCAUCGUGCUGUACCCAAUGGGAGUGUCAGGAGAACUGCUCACAAUAUAUGCCGCCUUGCCCUUUGUUAGACAGGCUGGCCUGUACUCCAUCAGUUUACCUAACAAGUACAAUUUCUCCUUUGACUACUAUGCAUUCUUAAUUCUGAUAAUGAUCUCCUACAUUCCAAUUUUUCCCCAGUUAUACUACCACAUGAUACACCAGAGAAGAAAGAUCCUUUCUCAUACUGAAGAACACAAGAAAUUUGAAUAGUUUCCUGCUUCCUCCACUCCCCCAGAAACAAACUUUCCAAUGACAAAAAAUGCUGCAGACUUUUUCAGUUCCCAAUGCGUUUCACAGAAAAUAAGUAAGAACUAUUUUUAAAAUACUAAAAAAAAUAAAUAAUACAAAACAAAAACCAAAAUCCAGUGCACAUGGGCCUGGGAUUUUAUAAAAAACAGAAACAAAAAAUGAAAGCCGUUACAUAAAACAUCCUGGCCGGCCCAUGUCAGCAUGCUCUUUCAGCCAGAGGUUCCCAAUAUUUAUGGUGACGCUGGAAAGGGAUUUGGGGUUUUAUAUCCUCCCGUUUCCUUUGUGUAUCUGAUAAAUAAAGAUCUGUAACACUAAAUUCUUGAUUAUUACAGUCUGAGUAGUGAAGUUGUACCCACUGAAUGCCCGGCUCGCAGCAGUUCUGUUCCAGUCUGCAGUGUGUUUAGCAUUCCCUCUCAAAGUGCUUGACUGCAUGCUGGAAGCCAUUUGUCCUAUGAAAUGCUCUGAAGUUAUGGCUGGGACCUACCCCCUCCUAUCUAGUGAAUGAAUUAUACAAUGUAUAUGUUUGUGCAACUUCAGGGUAGUGCCUGUAAUCAGAAAACAACUAGAACCCUUUUGUUUUUUUUUAAUUGAGUCAUUACUGCCUGCCACUUCGAAAUGUGCUUGAAUUAAAUAAGUAUGUGUAUAUUGUAGAGAAGCUACCUUAUAUGCGGCUCAGCCUCAUCAUACUUUUACAAAAUGACAGUUCUCAGAAAGGGAAAGCUCAGUUGCUAGUCAGUGACAAGUACCUUUCACAGUACCGUUCUCAGAACACCCCUGAGUAAGGUGGUCUGCCAAGAGCUGUUCUCACUUAGGGACCUGAAGCCAGUCUAGUCGCAUAGGAGUAGAGAAUCUGUUAUUGAAAGCACAUGGAGGUGUUACUUUAGAAAUGGAGUCUGGAAGAACAUUCAGGAAUAGGUUUAUAUACCCUUAUUAUUUUAUUUUUACAUUUUGAUUUAACUCUUCUGUUUGGAUACUUUUCCUCAUUUAUGAUCCCGUGUAGUUCCCACCCAAGCUUUUAAGUCCAGAGGCAGUGAAAUGUUCCAGUUGGGCAGUCGUGAGCUAAAAGCAGUAUUGUCCCCGCAUGGAGGAGCAGCCAAGAAAUACUCUGGUCAUAUGGACAUUGUCUAAUUAAUGUCAUGUCUUCAUACUUUAAUUGCUAAACUGUGCAUUUAAGACUCUUCAGGAAAGGGUGGCAUGAAAAUGUAAAGCCCAAGUUUAGACAUGCAUUAGAUUUUAAACACAGAAUGUUCUUUAUGGAACCUUUUUUGCUUUUUUUUUUAAUUGGUUGAUCUUUGAAAGUCUGGCUUACUAGCUUAUUGUCUGGUUAUCAGUUAAAAUAUAAUUGCUAAUAUUUGAAGAGUGUCAUAAUGGAAAGCUGAUUUUUAAAUUCUUAUUUUCAUAGAAGCUCGAAAAUGAGAAAACGUGCAGCCUAAAAUGUAAUGCAAGCAGGCGUGUAAUAAUUUCUUUUUUCAAUUGAACAUUUAAAAUUCUGCUCUUUACCGCCAGCACUCUUAACUUGGGCAUACUAUGAUUAGAAUCUGUUGGUGUACUUGAUAAACAAAAUAUGUGGGAAAGAUUAUUUUUAAUGCUUUUUAUUUUUCUUUUUCCAAAAUAUAUUUCUACUGUAAAAUAAAAUCAGUUUGGGUUAUAUUAGCUUUAUUACUUAAUUUGGGUAAGGUUUUUUCAUUUGUUUUUGGAAUAAGUUAUAGAAGAUAGGAUGAGAAAUGUAGGUUUUCCAGGAUUGCUGGAUUGGAGGUUUUAUUCAGGCCUCUCUAUUAUAAUUUGUCACUACUUGUGAGAAACAGUCUGUGACAAAUAGUGGUAUUGCAUCAAAUCAAACUUUGGCAACAAGAAUGCAGCAAACAACUCCCUUCUCACCAAGGGUCUCAACCCCAGUGUGUAUUUUUGUCCAUCAACAUUUAAAAUGCUCAUUGCAGAUAAGUCAGGCACGCCACCGUGUCCUUCAGUCACAACUCUCAGUAACUGGCUUAUUUAUCUCUGACAUGAAUUCAUUUCUCUUUGGAAGUGGUGGUGGUCUUUUAUGAACUGAGAACAUCUCACCCCACCAGGUGUCACAUCUUAUAAAGUGUGAAUGAGGAAGGUGUUGUUCUGGUGGGUAUUUUGUCAGACUUACCGUUUUCAUUUCAGGGCACAGUCAAAGGCAUCAUCUGCCCAGCUCCCCACCUGAUUGGGUGUUUCACAUCCCAGCUUUGGGGACCACCUUCUGGCAGAGAAUUCUUUGAGGUACGCAGUAGUGCUUUGUAGACACGAGCUGCUAAUCCGCAUCUUGCUGUGUUCAGUUUACUAAGAUUGGGAUCAUUCAUUUAACACGUACUGACUAUUAUCAAAGGCACCGUGAAGAGUUAGUCAUGGAACAAAGCACAUCCUCCCCGAUGAAACGUUCCUCUGGAGCAAACUUCCGACAGGAAGAGUUUAGAUGAUGUAGUGCUUAGAGGCACGUGAAGAGAUUGUGCCCUCACUUCCACUUGGGUUUUUGGUUAUUCAUUUAUAAUUAAAGGUUGGCAUUGAUGUGGUACAACCUGCAAAUUAUUUUCAACUCUGAGUUUCAGAUAAAACAUAAGACAAAAUCAGUACAUACUGCUCCUUUGAAAUUUGGGUAAAAAAUUAUACAACCGUAUAUAUAGUCAUUUUUAUAUUUUUUCUAUGUUGUGAAAACCAAAACUGUAAUUUUAUAAGUCUUUGAUUCACUAAAAUUAUAUAAUUUAAAUGUAUUUUUUGUAUAUUUAGAAAUAAGGAGUUCAAAGACUAUGCUUAACUUUCUAUGCAUGCAUUUGGAAGCUGUUUUUACCUGACACUGUUAAUGUAGUAAUGAGUUGUAUUCAUAAAAUACUGAUCUAUGUUGCAUUUCAAAAUAAACUGGCGUGUUGCUCUGCCUGGAUUUGAAAUACUGA